UAAAAUAGCAGUGAAAGUGACAGAGAGCGGGAACGCGUUGCUCUUUCUCCUUCUUCCCAGCUUUCCUUUGCUUGAGCUCACAGUCAUUUCUCUUCCUUUCUCCUUUUUCUCUCUCUCCAUUCUUCCUUUUUUUCAAGCUUAUAUACCAAGCGAUCUGCAACAUUUCGAGAUCUGAGCUUCUUUCUCUCUCUCUCUCAAACAUCUUCCUCUUCUCAUUCACAGUUUCAAAACAUGGUUUCUACCAUUGAUACUGAGACUAAGACUGAAACUAAGACUGAGACAAAGGAGGUUGAGAAUUCGACAUACAAGUACUCCAGGCAUCCGCAAUUGAAUGAGAGGAUUCUUUCAUCCAUGACCCGUAGAUCAGUUGCUGCACACCCUUGGCAUGAUCUGGAGAUAGGUCCUGGAGCUCCUGUGAUUUUCAACUGUGUCAUUGAAAUAGCUAGAGGAAGCAAGGUGAAAUAUGAACUAGACAAAAAGACGGGUUUGAUUAAGGUUGAUCGUAUCCUUUAUUCAUCAGUUGUCUAUCCCCACAAUUAUGGAUUCAUCCCUCGAACUCUUUGUGAAGACAGUGACCCCAUGGAUGUCUUGGUUAUCAUGCAGGAGCCUGUUCUUCCAGGAUGCUUCUUGCGGGCUAAAGCCAUUGGAUUGAUGCCUAUGAUUGAUCAGGGGGAGAAAGAUGACAAGAUAAUUGCUGUUUGUGCUGAUGAUCCCGAGUACCGUCAUUACAAUGACAUCAAGGAGCUCCCACCACAUCGUUUGGCUGAGAUUCGUCGCUUCUUUGAAGAUUACAAGAAAAAUGAGAACAAGGAAGUUGCAGUUGAUGAUUUUCUGCCGUCGACUAAGGCUCAUGAGGCAAUCCAACACUCCAUGGAUCUUUACGCAAACUACGUUGUGGAGACCUUGAGGCGGUAGUAUUCUUUGAUCAAGUGGAUAUGGAAAAGUUUUGUAUUAUAAGCCCUCUGAAAUUGAACAAAGUAUUCAAACAGGUGUAUAACCUCUUCUGUUGAAAUCAAAAUCCAGUGAAAUGUAGAAACUUUGAUGACAUACUCUUAUUCCAUAUGCUUCUUUGAGUUGAAUUCUUACAUGUUUGUAAUAACAAUCUCAAGCAUUGUAAUAGUCCACAUGUGAAUUGUCUUU